UACCCUCCGCCCCUCCCUCCCUCCCUCCGCUGCCGCUUCAUUCCAGACACCAGCAAAAGCAAGAGGGAGAGGCGGCUCGCUCAGUCCCGCGCCGAGCGCAUUCCUUUUAGCAAUCUUGGAGAGGAGAGGGGAAGCUUGUUGCAAAGGGGAAAUCUGCCACCUGUGUACGAAGAGAGCGCCCAGGCGCCUGCAAGAACUGCUUCUGCGCCGUCGGGCUGUUGCUUGGCUCGACGGUCCUUCCAGGACCCGGGGUGCCAAGGGGUACCCCGCUCGCCGCCGCCGCCGCCAUGCGCCUCUCCACCCGGCCGCCGCCGCUGCUGCUGCGUGUGGCCCAGCUGCAGGCGUGGGUCUAUUGGAGCUGCCUGCUGUGCGCGCCGUCGGGCGCGCUGCCUCCGCCAAGGAACCCGCCGCCGCCGGCCGUGUGGAGGCAAAGGAUUCAGUGGGAGAACCAGGGGCAGCUAUACAGCCUGCUCAGCGUGGGCUCCCAGUACCAGCCGCCUCGGAGGCGCGCAAGCCAGCAGCCCGCGCACGGCGGCCACGUGUUGCUCCUCCGGGGCAAUGGCACCGCUCCGCGCAGGGCGCAAACGGUCGCCGCCGAAGGCACCACCCGGAGACCCGAGGCGCAGCACUGGUUCCAAGCCGGCUACCAGCAGCCCGCUGGAGACAGGGGGCGCGGGGCCGACGGCGCUGCCAGCAGCAGCAGCAGCUCUCGGCGAGCGCCCCUCGCCAGCGCCCCCUCCAGGCCGGGCAACAGCAGCGGCGCGCCUCCUCUGAGCAACUUCCCUCGGGCGCGCGGCGUUGACCGUAUGGUGGGCGAUGACCCCUACAACCCGUACAAGUACUCGGACGACAACCCGUACUAUAACUAUUACGACACGUACGAGCGGCCCCGGCCCGACAGCCGGCAGCGGCCCGGCUAUGGCACCGGUUACUUCCAGUACGGUCUCCCAGACUUGGUACCAGAUCCGUACUACAUCCAAGCAUCCACUUAUGUGCAGAGGACUUCCAUGUACAACCUGAGGUGCGCUGCUGAAGAGAACUGCCUAGCAAGCUCAGCUUACAGGUCGGAUGUCAGAGACUAUGAUAAUAGAAUGCUUCUGAGAUUCCCCCAGAGAGUGAAAAACCAAGGCACAUCGGAUUUCUUGCCAAGCCGACCACGAUACUCUUGGGAGUGGCACAGUUGUCAUCAACACUACCACAGUAUGGAUGAAUUCAGCCAUUAUGACUUGCUUGAAGCAAGCUCCCAAAGGAGAGUAGCUGAAGGACACAAAGCAAGCUUUUGUCUUGAAGAUACGUCCUGCGAUUAUGGAUACUAUAGAAGGUAUGCGUGUACAGCACAUACGCAGGGAUUGAGCCCUGGGUGUUACGACACAUACAAUGCUGACAUAGACUGCCAAUGGAUUGAUAUCACAGAUGUUAAACCUGGAAAUUACAUCUUAAAGGUUAGUGUAAACCCAAGCUACUUAGUACCAGAAUCAGACUACUCCAACAAUGUAGUGCGUUGCGACAUCCGUUAUACAGGUCACCACGCGUAUGCGUCUGGCUGCACAAUUUCACCGUAUUAAGAUGAAAGAAAAUUUAUGCAAUGGUGCCCAAGGUUUUGAGGUGAAAUUAUUUUAUAAACUUGAGACAGGAUGUAAAAACUUUUGAAAGCAAACGAAAAAAAAGGACCAGAGUAUAUACAAAAAGAAUUUUAAUGACUCUGAAGCAUUAAGACCUCUUUCAGAAUGAAUGUUGUCACUCAAUUCAUGUGUUCAACUUUUGAGGACAGUGAAAGAUUGGUGCUUUAUAUACAGUAUUUCAAAUUCUACAGGAAGUUUUAACCCAUUCACAGAAAUGCCUUUUCUCUGACUACUGGAAAAUCAGUAUGCUAUUUGUGAAUGAGCUUAAGGAACAAUUUAAAGGAUAUUCAAAGAGGCUGAGAUUCAAAGAGUUACUUUAGGUUCAUAUAUGCCCAAUGGAAUCUUACACAUUUUACUUUUUUUUAACAGACUCCAACCCCUCCGUAUCAAAACUAUGCUUUUUACAUUUUCAUUUUCUUUGGAAGUUUAUUGCUAUGUGGCAAGUGGCCAGGGCAGUGGUGUUCAAAGGGUCAUGGAACUAAUUUCACAAUUAUUUGGUCUGCAGCCAUAUAAUAAAUACUGAGGGUAAGGGGGAGGGAGAGGAAAAAUCAGUGGUCAUGGGGCAAAAUCUGGACCAAACCCUGGGGAAAUGAAACUUCCAAGAGUUAAACACCCAGCAUGAUACUUUUCUAUCCUUGGGACAAAACAUAUCGUUCACUUUUUAAGAACUGUUCAUGCUUAGUGUGUAGCAGUGGCUGUUCGUUAUACCUUUUCAGAUGUGUUUGCAUUUUAGACGUAUUAGUGGGCAAGUAUCUUCUUAAACCAGAUGCCUAUUGAUAUUUUGACGCAAGCCAUUUUCUCAGAAGAAUUACGAAAUAGUGAAUUACCCAUUUCCAAUGUUCGCUGCAGAUUGCUUUGCACAUUUUCUUCUUUCCGUACAGCUCUAAAGAUUUUUAAUUACAAUUAUUUAGAAACUAUUCUCCCUUAAUAGAAUUUGGGUAACCUGGAUUGAAGCCGAUCUAUACGCUCUGCAGAAAAAAAUAAGUCUAUUUACAAAGGUGGAAUUUCUCAAUAUAUUCCAUUAUUUAGUGCAAACUUUAAUGGUUUAAAAAAAGGUUUGGUGUAAUAUAGUUUGGUAGCAUCACAAAAUAAGGCUUAAAAUAUUGAUUCACAAGGAGCUAAUAGAUGUUCUCAAUGAAUACUGUAUUUUAAACCUUGUAGGCAGUCAGAAAGAAUGAAGGUUUAUUACCCAUACUAGCAGGAUAUUCAGUAGGCUGCAUACUAAACAAUGCAGUACUGUAUUAUAUGAUGACAAUACCUGCCAUAUGCAGGAUACAAUAGGCAAACUUAAGAUUUUCUUCACUUGAAUUAUUUACAACUCCUAAUUGACAAUUGGUUGUUAAGAGAUAGAAGAAUCAUUCCUCCUUUGGCUAAAGUGAAAUUGAUGGGUUUUCUCCACCCCCCAAAACUCUGAAAUAAUUUCUAGCAGAUGGGAGUCUCUCUUCCCACUACUAGCUUUCUGAAAGGCCCUAUAAAUAUUCAGUUGUUGGCCACGCUUUCUAGCUGUUAGAACUAAAACUUGCUGCAUUUUGAGUGCAUUCCAUACAUUAAAUAUGAAAGAAGUGCUAUACAUUGAGCUUGGGGAAUGUUAGGACAUUUUCAAUGACUAUUUCUUGGAGACGUUUGAUGGCUUGGAAUACGCGUUUCAGAUUGUCUCGAAGACUCUCAAGCUCCUCCACUUUUAGUACUACAAUUUGUUUUGGAAAUUUAAACAAAAAUUUGUCAUCCACACCACUGUCUGUCCAGGCUGACAAGACCUGUUUCUGCCUAUUUCGCUUGCCAGUGCCUUCCCCUUGGCUUGGUUAGGACUGAUGAUUUCAACAUCCACCAGAACUAUCCAUGUGUAAUAUGUCCAAUAUCACACAUGAGCAUAAGCAAAAUACCCUUUCAUACGUCAACAAUUGCUAUCCACAUGAUACACGUGUAAGCAGCCUUGCUUGCUUAUAUGUAGAAAUUUUUCUUUCUUUUUAAAAAUGCUUUAGUAGCAGCAGGAAAAACUGUGUGCUGGUAUUGGGGAGCCAGUGGCUACUGAGAAGAGCAGGGGAUCAGGAAAGCUGAUGGCUGGACGGUGGGAUCUCAAGGAAUAGGGCCGAACAACUUCAUAGGACCACUAUCCCACAUUUAGCAACGUUUCCAGUUACAAAAUUGUGUUUUCAUUUAUCGGAGGGAAGCAGGUUAUCUGCCGUUACAUAUGAUGUGAACUGGAAUAUCUGACACUUUUGGAUUCAGACCUCAGCCAAGAUUCACUUUGCCAAAAAUCAGUUCUAACAAAGAAAGGUACUAAUUCAUGAAGAUUCAUGGCAGCUUGGAAGCUUUUCUUGUGGUUUUUGGAACACACAAGGAAUUAAUGGGCUACAUCUCUUUGCGAGAAACUAAUCCUUUCCCCUUCCAGCUCCAUGACAGAGAUUUUCUUCACUUUUUUUUUUUUGGCAGGCCCUUAUUCGGACUAUAGCUCAGAAAAUGUUUCUAAUUCAAGUAUUUUACAUUUAGAUCAAAGGGAUUUUUAAUGGUAAACUGAUUCCCCCCCCCAGUCACCCUUUUUGUACCUCCCCAUAGGUUUAGUUGGAGAUAACUGAAGUACUAUACUCUCACAAGUGGUCUACCCUGUGCCUUACAUCAAAAACAUCAUUUUCACAUUCCAGAUACUACAAAGGUGCUUACAUAUUUUAACUUGAACUGAAAUAAAGAAUUUUCUGUCAGAAAAUUUAUAAGCAACCAAAUGUUACAAAUUUAGUGAAGAGCCACUCUAACUUCUUGCAAGGAAUUCUAAUAUUUACUUCAUUUUUUUUCAAAGAGCCUUGCUUUUAAAAUCUUUGCAUCUCUCUCUGAGAAGUUAUUUAUAAUUAUUCAUACACUAGCUUUGUAUUCUUCAUUGCACUUCCAUAUUCUUGUUUAAUUCUUGUAUUGUGGUUGCAGAGUUAUGUGAAAAUGACCUGAAUAAAUUUGUUUUUCAAAUGCU